CACUCCUGGUUCAGGACAUUUUUUCUUUCCUUCAUUAAACCCUCUCUCUCUCUCUCCAAGUCACAACCCAUCUCUCUUCUCUCUCUAGCUUCACAACCCAUCCAUGGCUGGCGAGGGUUUUGAAGCUGCUUUCCACGCCCCCCAACAAAGCAGAAGAGACCACCUCCGAGUCAUGAAUCUCCUAACCAACCCACCACAGCCGCAACUCUCACUGUUCACACCCUCCACCAUGCCAACCCACCAACCACCGCUUUCCCUACAUCUCUCCGAUCACGACCGCCGCAUCGUUUCAUCUGAACGUGGUGAGUUCAGAAGCUCUGUUCCCCUAGGCCCUUUCACAGGCUACGCUUCCAUACUGAAGACGUCCAGGUUUCUCAACCCUGCGCAGCAGCUCCUUCAAGACUUCUGCGGGUCGGAUCGGUCUGAUUCUAAUCUUCUUCUCCUAGAGUACUUCAGUGGAAGAGGAAGAGAUCAGAUUAGUGAAGUGAGUGAUCGGGUCGAGCUUCAGUUCAAGAAUUCUAGUCUCACCAUCAUGCUUGAGGAGGUUUACAAGAGGUACAAGUUAUAUUGCCAGCAGAUGGAAUCAGUUGUUGCAUCAUUUGAAACCAUUGAUGGGGUUGGAAAUGCAGCACCCUACAUAUGUUUUGCCAUCAAGGCCAUUUCGAAGCACUUUGGUUGCUUGAAGAAUGCCAUUUUGGACAGACUCCAAUCCAAAGGCAAGAGUACUGUUGGUGAUUUUAGCCUUGUUAAAGAUGAAGUUAGGAAGGUUUCUAAAAGAGGCCUCUACAGCCAAAACUCGAGUCAUCAGAAUCUGACCAACAACCUUCAUCUCUCGGAAAUUCGAUCCCAAAGAGGACUCCCGGAAAAUGCAGUGGCCGUGAUGAGGACUUGGCUCUUUGAACACUUCCUUCACCCUUAUCCUAGUGAUUCUGAAAAGCAAAUGCUAGCUCAACAGACAGGAUUAUCUAGAACUCAGGUUUCCAAUUGGUUUAUUAAUUCAAGAGUAAGACUUUGGAAGCCAAUGGUGGAAGAAAUACACAGCCUUGAAACACAACAAGCUCCAACGUUAUCGGUUUCAGACGCAAUGAGCAGAAACACAAGAAUGUUGCCAUCUCCUCGCUCUUCCUCUCUAGAGAACCCUCUCCAUUUGGGGACUCUGCCCCAAACUAAACGCCCUAGAAUCAACAAACAUGUUGAUAUGUCUAAGCAGAAUGAAACACAAAGCAACGCAGCAGCGUAUGGGAGUUUAACAUGGAAUUAUCUUCAUAUGAAUACCGGAAGCCAUGAAGAUGAAGUUUCUUUAGCAUUAAGCCUACAAGCCAACAAAUGAUCGAGAAUGUUUCUACUAGUGCUAGCUGAGAUUUGCUCUUUCUUUAUGCUUCUUGGAUAAGUACAUGUAUGAAGCAAGAGGAGGCUCCAGAUCAGGAUUAAUGCUUUGA